AUGGGGUGUGUGGCUGGCAAGGUGCCAGCAAAGCCCAAGAGGUCUUCGAGCAGGAGCAGCACCGCCGCCAGCGACGAGCGGGACCUUUUGCUGGGCGAUGAGGAGGCUGCAAAGACGCCCAAGCGAAAAAGCAUCCUGGUCGAGGCCUCGCAGAAGCUGAAAGCCAAGUCUGGCAACCCAGAGGUGCAGAAGAUCAUCGACCUGAUCGAGAACGGCGAGGACUUUCACGUCAAUCGCUGGCGCUGCCUUGAGAUGCCCGACCGAGCGUACUAUACGCUUGGGCCCUUCGCGCAUUUGGAGCUGCAUAUGGUGGAGGCGCGGCGUCUCAUCCCCAGCGUAGCUGGUGUCGUGGAGAGAAAUUUCGGCGAUGAGCCAGAUGCAUUCGUCCGUGUCUACAUUGAUGAUUGCCUCCAGUAUGGCUCCAGACCCGUUAUGAACUGUCGCCAGCCCAAGUGGGACGACAAGCAGCGGUUUGACAUUGUGUCCGAUCACUCCUUUGUGCGAGUGCACGUAUACGACACCGACUCCCGGGACUGCAUGUCUUCAGUGGACCCCUUGGGCUUUGUGGAGUUCUGCAUUUCGGACAUCCCUUUUGACCAGGAGAUCGAUGGCUGGUUCGAGCUGCGCUUCGCGCAGAAUCUGCAGGGUGCCAACCUCGAACGCUACGCCAUGCACGCGGAGAGACGAGAGGAGGAGCUCCGAUUUGAUACACGCGAGCUCAUUGGCUCAGGUGACAAAGCCCAAGACUCAGAGGAAGAGGACAAUGACAACCAGAAGUCCCACGAUGUUGACUACUGGAAGCGCGAGGGCAAGGUGCCGGCCUCCCUGGCGCACCGCGUCAUGAAGCGCGUGCGCGGCGGCUUGCGCGCCAUCCAGGGCGGCAGCCUGGAAGACGACAGCGUCCAGUACAACGCCGGGGAGAUCCGUCUCCGGCUGAAGCUGACGCAGGUGGUCCCAGGAGGUUUGGAUGGCACCUUCGCAAAGGCGCUUCACCCCUCGUACUUCACCUACGCCACCUUUGUGCAGGAGGAGUAUUUGCCACAGCUGGACACACAAGAUCUUGUGGACCACGCCACAGACAUCAAGAUCCUGCUACUUGAUGACAUGCUCUUCGCGCUGAUCGCCUUCUGCAGCUACAUCGUGGCCUGGAAGUCCUUCCUGCUCUCGGGGCUGCUUUUGGCCGCGGUUGUGGCCUGCUUCAUCAGCGAGCUGCUGACGGUGGGCAUCCUCUACUUCUGGAUGGGUCUCGUGCUGCUCAUCAUGGCAAAGGAGAGGUGGCGCCACGAAAUGACCACCAACGGUCUCAACGCCUCGCUGGACCAAGAAGGCCUGGAGCUCGUCGCGUCCUGGAACGACACCUCGGAGAUGCACAGCUUCCUCAUGAGACUCGUGGACGCUCAGAGCGGACAGAUCACCGGAAUGCAGGAGCUGGUGCACCUGGCGGGCACAGUGGCGGUGGGACGCGGGGAGCUGGAGAUCACCUUCGACCAGCUGGUGGAGGCCAUGCACGACCUGUGGUUCAUCGACAUGCCGCAGAAGCCCCAGGUGAAGAAGAAGUCCUUAGUGCGUGUGGACAAGCGCAAGGGCACAGUGACCAGUGUGAGGGGCAGGAAUGUGUGGGUGGAGUUCGAUGAUGAUGACUCGGAAAAGCACAAGCUGCCAGAAGUUGGCGCAAAGGCAGACGGGGUCUUCGACAUCGACAAGGUGCAGCUGCGAACGACACCCCCGGCUGUGCCUAGGAUGUUGGUGCCCAGAAGCCUGCAGGGCGCAGUGGCACAACUGCAGUACCACGUGAACAAUUUCUAUGCGGACAUUGUGCCGUGGGUGCAGUUCCUCCAGGACCUUAUGGCCUGGCGAAAGCCCGUGCAGAUGUGGUUCAUCAUCCUCCUCGUCUUCGGCCGCUCCUUGCUGGCCUUCUACAGCCACUUCCAGCCUGAGAGUUGGCUCCACGAGAUGGACGCGGUCUUCAAAUCCAUCAGGAUGUUCCUGGUUGCCCUGGUGCUGAUCUCCAUCCUUUUCUGCAAAGCCCGGGGGGUGCGCGUGGUUGCAGGCCCUGCGGUGCCGGCGUUGCCCUGGACGGAUCAGGUUCACUUUGGAGCCUUCGAGGGUACCGGCGGAAAGCAGACGAGCCGUACCGGCAGUCGGAUUCUCAGUCUCAGCUCCUUCAUGCAAAAACGAGGCCGCGCUGUUUUCGUGGGGCCGAGGCUGGCUGAUGCCGCCCGCCUGCGGGAUGUGGGCGGCUUUACAGACGUGCAGGUGGAGCUGCGCAAGGGCCUGGCCCAUGAGGGUCCGCUGCCCAAUGCACCAAGCGUUUUGCCAAGGAGCGAUUCCAAGGAUAGUCAGACGUUGCGACGUGCCAAGAGCUUUGCGAAGGCAGAGAAGGAGUGCCCGGAUCUGCUCUUCGUGCAGCGACACCUGCCCAACAUGGUGGACUUCUCAUCAGUUGCCGUGCCGGAGACCUGCUGA